GUCCAGUAUAAGGAGGAGGGAAAGGAUGACCCAUCCUAAAAUAGAACAGAUGGAGAAAGUAUUUAAGAGGGAUUUCCUCCUCUGGGGCACCUCACCGUUGCCUUUCGACCGUCUCCUUCUGUCAGCCCUUCCCACGGAUCUUGAUCCAUCCCUCAGUGAGUACAAGGGGAGGGAGUCGUGGGAAAUUUGAAGGGUGCAUAUAGAAAUGGAUAGAAUGCAUGCAGAUACAUUUAAGCAGAUGUGUGAUGACUGGGGAAAAGGUGCGACAAAUAGAAAUUACAUGUGAUGAGCUUAUUCAAAAGUUGGGAAAUGGGUGAGAGUGAAAAAAUAUAUAUUUUUUAAAUAUUAGAAAAUCAAUAGAAGAGCAAAGAAUAACAGACAUUAUGGGAGAACAGUGGGCAAGUACAUUUGCAUUGGGCGUUUAAACUUUAUGCUAUAAAUUAAAUAUGAAGUAAUUAUAAAGUAUUUUCAGUAUGUGGUGAAUUAGUCAACAUACAUAAACCCUGACUCGUGUGUAAGAACAUGCAAACAAUGUAUUUUCAUGUCAAGAAAAAAUAAAUAGACAAAUAGCAACAGGUAUAUAGAUGUUACUCGCUGUAAAUUUAGUAAUUGAGCACAAAAACAAUUUAAAUAUGCCUGAAGGCAUUAACACAUAUCAAAGGAAACAUUGCUGAGAUGUGUAUCGAAUACUUUGGACCUGAGUGGUUUAAACCAGAGAUAAAAUUAGAAGUGAGGAGUCCGAUAAGCUGUUAGUAUUCUGGAUAAAGAUAGUAGAAUACAGAACAAGUUCAAGAAAUGUAUAAUCUGUAUGAAUCAUCUGUCAUUUUGUGGGAUAAUGAGGAGAAAGAAAAUAUAGGUUAAGGUUAAAUUUAUAGAUAUAGCCGGGUAGAGUUAGUUCAAUUCAUAUAACCUUAAAAUAUCUACUUUAAAGAAACAUUAGACUCAAAAUCUCAAAAUAAGAGAUCAUGUAUAAUGCCUUUUUACUAUAUAUUAUCAAACAAUUCAUUUUUAAGAAAUAUGAUAUCAUAUAAUGCUUUAUAAGAUUCUAACAGACAUCAGCUACACUUAAUAGUGUCUUCCCAGGAGAAGCAUACAUUCCCAAAGUUACUUUAUUUAAAUUAGAAUUAAUCACACCCUACUUUUUAAUUUUAUAUGCAUAACUUGCUGUACACUGAGUGUUUGUGGGUUUAUUAUCAUCCCAAAAUAAUGUCUGUUUUUAUGCAUGCAAUGUGUCGAAUCCAUUGAUUGUAAAACAGUUUCUUGAAAAAAAGGAGAAAAAAUAUUUAUUCUAUGAGCAGAGCUGUCAGCAAAAUUAGUGUAGGCUUAUAACGAGAUGUCUUGCUUUGAAAACUUCCAUCUGUCUCCCCAUAAUGGGGGGAUACUGUCAUUAUCUGCAGUUGUAAUUAGUAGUAGAUAAUAAACUUUGUUUGCUAAAUUAAGUAAAAACUGAUAUGGAUGUGCGCUGUAAAUAGUCGUAACUGAAUAUAUGUUCAUGAAUACGAAUAUAUGGUUAUGUACAAUGUGUGAAAAUAAUAUACUUAAAGAGCUGGGAUGCUUUAUCGUUAUCUGUAAAGGUUAUAGUAAAGUCAAUGUGGAAGGAUACAGGUAAAACCAGUUCAUAGUUCCUGCCCGUUAAAUAGGUCAGUUGGUGAAUGUGCUAGUUGCAGUCUAUUCAAACCUGCAGAGUCUUUCUUGCUUUUGUCGAUAAAAUCAGUACAUGUCAGCUGGGUAAUAAAAUCUAUACCCCAGGACAUAAGUAAAACUAGUCAAAUCUUAAAGUAGCCUUCCUAGGCAAGUACCUGUUAACUAUUAUUGUGCUCUGCACAGAUAGUAGAAUUUAGGUCAUGCCGUGAAAUAGGGCAACCAUUUAAAUUCUUAUAGAAAUUAAAUAACAACAUCAUGUUAAAGAACUUCAAUGUUAAAUGUAUUUACCCAUUAGCAAGUUUUGCCACACGUGAGAUACUGUCCUAUUAAUUUUACCGUAUUAGUGAGAAACAAGGAAAAUCAGAGAAUUAUGUAGUUAUUUAACUACAAAGUAUGUAUCCGUCAGUUUUAUAUGAUGUAAAAACAUGACCAGGGCGUAGUGAGUAAAAGGGAAAGAAUUCUGUAAAGAAAAGAUUGAUGAGUUCUGGAAUGGGUGGUCGAAGGAUCAGAGAUGGUUAAAGACAAACAGUUCAAGAAAGGAAAUGCUUGGGUUGACUGGUUUCAGUAAGUGGAAAAAUAGAGAACAUCGUAGCGGUCAGUUUUGGAGUUUGUGAAAUUCAAGAUGGACUGGUUAAAACCGAAUGGAAGGACAUGGAGAGAAUGUUUUUCCAGUUUAAUAUUGGCAGCUGUCUUCCGAUGAGAGGUCUAAAGGGUUGUUCACGUGUAUAUUGCGACUAGUAAGAUUGGCAAUGUAUGUGAGAAAUUGUAAAAGCAGAAGAGCAGGAGAUGGCUUUAGGAACAGGUGGAUCACUGUUGCCCUCUUCCAAACCCCCCACCUGACCCUGCAAUGGAGGUUUUUUUUUAAUUCUAAAAGGUUUAGUCUAAGACACACAUCCUUUUUUUUCAUUAUUACCAUUCUGUUUUCCUAGUUUAUAUGCAGCAUAUUCUAUUUUCAAGGUAGAGUAAAGAGGUUGGCAUAGCCUGAUAAGUUAAGUAGAAAUAGGAUUUUAAAACUGAUAUAAAGUUUCUAGUUAAACACAAAUGAGAUUUCCAAAAUGUGGGCCAAAAUGGACGAUAUCUGCCCAUGGGCCAAGACUUAUGUAAGUAAAUGCGUAAAUGAUUACAGGAUAAUAUAGAUGAUGAAUGAAGACAACUUUUAAUAGAUCCACAAGGGAUAUUUUCUGAGAUGGACAGAUGCUUAUGUGCUACUACUUACUGUCACACAGAUGUCUAUCUAUCAAAAAGAUUUAUGAAGUUACCACCAUGGACAGAUGAACAAUGAAUGAUAGCAUCAGACCCUGUAAACAUUUUUGCUAACAGUAACUUGUACUUGCUAUAAAAAGGAGACAAGGAAAGGAAAAUAAGAAAAAAGGGGUUCAGAAGAUUAUUUCUGGUUCUAUAUCAAAGAAUCCAGCCGUGCAAUUUCACAGUCAAAAAUGAAUUCUUUAUUAACACACUCCUACAUUAGAAAAAAUACAUAAUGAUACGAAAUUAAAAUAAAGGCAAAAUUAAGGGAAUAAAAAUGAUUUUAUUAAAACAGAGAUGAAUAGUACCCAGUGAUCCGUAAUAUGCCGUUGAGCAUAUCCAUAUAGCAAUGUAAUACUAAACUGCUGGAGAUUUUGAAAUGAAUUGCUGAAAUGCUGCUAUCUCCCCAUUUAUACUGCUCACAUCCCAGAUGGCAAAUGCCUGUAGCCGUGAGAAGUGCACAAGGGUGCUGUGCCAAGGCUAUACACAGUCGGAGGCAGGAUACAGUUUCAUGGAAGGCGGGAGGGUGGGGUGCAAAGCACCCAGAGAUCCUGCACCGUCAGCAAUAAUCUGAAGAAGAAAUCCUUUCUUGGCAGAAGACUGCUGUACAAUAAGACCCUUAGCAUUUGUCUCUGUUCUGCAUCUCUCACUGCCACAGCAAAAUUAGUAUGUGCUCAUCCAUGAAGGAACUGAUUCUUUAUACGUGCAUCUCGGCUGUUUUAUAAAUGCAUCAACAAAUUCAGGUUCUGCUAACCUAUUUAUCACCAUGUGUGGCAGCUUAAAGGGACUCUCCUCUCUGUAGUUCAUUCCUCCCCUGUCUUUUUCCUUAAUUAGAAUUUUGAGACAAGGCCUUUAGAAUGUAAAAAUAUAAAUUAAUAACAAUAAAACGUAAGCUGAACUCCAAGAGCCCCUCGUUUGCUACAAGUCCGCACGAGCUGCAGCUUCUGCAGUGACAUCUGCAGAGGCCAAAAAGUGGCUGAGAUAUCUAGGUCAAUCCUGACCCUCCUAAUAUUGUCAUGGCGCUGUGUUGUGUAUAUCUCAUAACUCCUGCACAUCUGGAGUUUAUAUAAAAUAGAAAUCAGAUUUCAAAUUUCUAUUUGUUCAUGAAUGAAACAACCUGACCACACACAUGCGCGCAAUUAUCAUGAAAGCUUUCUUAUACAAAGUCAGACCAUACAUAUUUUUGUACAGGUCUUGGGAAAGCAAUAUACCUUCAAUGAUGCAUCAAUAACAUAUUUGCAGAACUACAGAACAGAUGGAAUGGAGAAAGAAUUCAGAUCUUUGCACCAUGGACCUAGAGAAUGUGCAAUUGUUGAGCAUUUACCCAAGCACAUAUGUAGCUGUGGUAGUACCCCUUUAAGAGUCUCGAUGCUACCUGUAUCUAACAGGGCCUAUUACAGGGAUUGCAAUAGGCUGCAUGAAAGUUUGUAUAUAAGUAUUUUGGACUCUCUGACAAAAACGUGGAAGGGAUCCCAAUAUAUUUUAUUAGUUGACAAUAGAGUUCAAUAGUGAUGUUGCAGUACAGGUUAAUAACUGUUAGAUGCCACCUGUAUCACUGGAACACCAAGGGAAGGAUCCACAUAUCUUAUUACAAUAGUCCAAAGUAAAGAUCCAUAGAAGUGAGGUGCAAUCAAUGGUGACGUUUAUUGGAUCAGCAUUGAUUGCAUCUCACUGUGAUGCCCUAUGGACCUUUACUUUGCAUUAUUUUAUCUUUGGUAAUGAAUAAUCAAUUUCCACAGACUUUAAUAAUGGUAUUUAUGUUCAAUACACCAGACUUAAAACAUAAACAAGCUCUUAAAAUAAUCCUUACAUUUUACAAACAAAUUUCUUUCCCACAUACAAUUGCCACAGUUUACUUUACAGUACACACCACAUAGCUUUAGCACAGCUGAUAUAUGUUACAGUACACACCAUUUUAAUUUGUCAUUAUUUAACGAGCAUCUGUCUUUAAGGCUUAUAUUAACUUGUGAUAUUGGUAGUUAGUUAUAACGAGUAAUUCUGAAGCAAGGCUCCAAGUUUGCAAUUAUUCCCAGGAAAACUGAUCUUUAAUAACCCACAUAUUUCAGGAUAAUUCAUUAGCUUGGAAAAAAACUGCCACUACAAUGACUCAAACACAUAUUUGAUUCACCUGUUCACUUGUCAGUGGCACUGCCUGUAGUGAAGAUUACUUUAAUUUGCAGCAAUAUUAAAGGACAUUGCAUUACAAUACAUAUAGCAGUAAUUCCAAAACAGGAAUACAAGUACAUGUUUUUUGUCUCAGGUAUUUAGUGGGGCUACAGCAUCAUAUGGUACCUUAAAGGAUUUGAUUCAUGUUUUAUAGUUGGUAAUAGAUCGCAAUAAUUUCUGUAAUCCCCUUUUACAACCCAAAAGUGAUAAGGUAGUGUUAUAUAUAACAGAAAAAAAUUAAUUGCAACAACAUACAAAACCAGACAGUUUGUUCACUAUAUGAAAAAACUGAAAAUGUGUCCAAAAACUGAAAACUAUUUAGCCUUUUGACAAAUGUAGAGAAUCUUAACUUUAAAAUAUAGGGAUUAAUGAUUGCAAGUAAGUUUGAUGACAUCACUAAAUAUAUUGAGAGUUUAAAAGAAAAUUAUCUGAAUAUAUAUACGCUCCGCUGUAAUUGCCAGUAUAGUAAAUACUUUAAAUUACAUCCUUUUGUUGACAUUGCGUAAAGAGCAGAAUUAUCCAUAAGGCAAUCACAGGUGGUUGCCUAGGGCACAGAGGUUAGACAGGGGACCAGGAGCCCUGAAUUUGUUUGGCCCCAUUAACUAUUCCUAGGUGAAGAAGGAAGAGAGGGGACAACUGGUGACCAACAUUGGUCCCUGUGGGUUCUUAAUACUUAUCUUAUUCCAUGGGUGUGAGACUUGAGACUUCCAAGUGCCUGUCAGGUUCUGCCAAAGUAGUUUACUCUGUGUUUGUGCAUGUCUGUGUACACCUCUCAGAUAUCGUCUGUACCCACGCAUUUCACACUCUCUCACCUGUUAGCUAUCACUUUCUCUAUUUGUCUCUCAGUCUCUUCCUUAAGAAGAGUUUAGCAUGUUUACAAUUGAUAACUAGAGUGCAUAAUUUCAAUUAUUUUGUUCACUAGUGAGCAUAAAAAAAAUAUGUUGUGUAAUUACUAUAUUACAAAGAUAAAUAGGGGCUGCGCCACAGAGAGUAAUGGAAUAUAGUCAAGUGCAGAGGUAUAAAAGAAAACCUUUAGGUUCACACCAGAUGGUGUCUAUAUGGUAUAUUCAAUGGGAGAUGUGAAUUCUUAAAGCUUGGGAAUGGUAUCCUUAAUCAGUCUCUCUGAUAUUCGGUCAUAUGAAAUGGAGAGAAGAAAAGAGAAAGGACCUAAUAUUGCAAUGUGUAUCAUAUAAAGUGGUUAUGGUGGAAUAAUAAUAAUAAUGCACUUACAUUUGGCAGAGCUAUAGCCAGCUCGAGCAUCUAGCGCUUGUAGUGGUACAAUCCCCAUUUCGGGAUGUAGGUAUCCUCAGUCUUUGGGUUAGCUGGAGCUCAAACGACAACAAAAGUAGGGAGGCAACAGUAGUGCUCUCGAUAAGAUAAAAACCAAGUGGAAAAAGGUAUAUAAAAUAUACUCACACAACAUAGAGCAGGCUGACUGUUCUGUGUUGGCUCUGGUGGUAUGAUCCCCACCUGUGAUUUCUUUAGAGUGGUGGUUAAAAAGGCAGGCAACAAAAAAUUAAAAAAAGGAAAUUGGCACAAACCUAGGUAUAUUUGUCCAAAAGAAUUCCUUUAUUUAAAUACAAAAUAAAACAUCCAUGAAUGCGUUUCGCCGUUGUGGCUUUUUUAAAUGGGGUAAAAAAAAAUUAAAAAUUGUUUUAUUUUGAAUGUUUAUUGAUCAGGCUUUGCUUCAAGUACCACCUCUGAUUGGUUAGGGUGUGCACUGGAGCCAUCAGAGUGUAUAUAUUCUGAAUGUAACCCUCCAAGUAUAACAUAUAUAUACAAGGAUAUAUGCUAGUUAACCGGUUGUCAUGCUGCAAUUCUUUAAUAAUUAGUUUGGGAAUUAUAAUUCCUUCACAUAAACUUAUAUUCUGUCUUGAGGUAGAGGCUAUGUCAGUUUCAUCAGAGUGGGGGUUUUUUUGCAUGUAAAAUCCUUCAUGUCCCAUAAUUUAACACAAGCAUCUCAAACUCUGUUUCCCCAAAAUCAUGGACAUAAGCAGACCAGGAAGUGUCCAUCAAAGAUGGUUAUAAAGUGCACAGCUGUAUCAUCUGUUCAUACUGAAUUUUAUAGAACUUAGCAUUAUACCACAGGUGUCUAAAAUCUUAAGGAUGGUGGAAUAAAAUCAACAAAGUAAAUAAAAAGAUGUACAGCCUUAUACAUAUACGGUGCAAAGCCUUCAAUGCUGCAGCAAUUGUAACAGUCAUAUCAUUGGUGCAUAAUAUGCAGUCCAGGAUUUCACAUGACUUAUGCUAGUUACUGAUAGUCAAUAGAACUUCUACUGCAAAAUUAACUGCAAGAGACCAAAUCAAUAAAUGCAGAGCCCUCCAAAGUGCUUUUAUAUAACAAGUGAAGGGAGCAAUUAUGCUGAUGGCACAGAAAUAAUAUCACUCACAAUGUUAAAUCAUAGACGUUGCAGUAUUUAUUGUCUGCUGCGGCAGAGAAGAGGUUAAAGGGAAUGGCAUCGGGGUACGUUAAUAACCAAAGUAUUCCCCUGCUACAUCACAACUCUAAGACAUUGUGCCCCAAAUACAAAAGGAUAACGUGACAUUGGCAAAUGCUCAGGUGACUGGCACGGUGCCCCUUGGCUUUCUGCCAGUAGUUUCAUCCUAAACUGUCCACCCCCCUCCCACUGUCACGGGAGGUUGCGUGCAUGCAAGUAUCCGCAGUCAGGUCGUCCGGCCCUUAGAAGUGAUGAGUCCAGCAGAACAUUCCCUGCCUCUCACUCUGUCCCAUUCUCCUGCAGAUCAGAAGCCACAAUGUCCAUGACUGAUGUGCUCGCAGCUGCCGACAUCUCAAAGGCAGUGGGGGCCUUUGAAGGUAAGAAAUAAAAAAAUGCAUGGGUGUGGGAGAUUUGCUGCUAUAUAUUUAAUUUUAAUUAAAAUACAAAAAAAAAAAUAUACAAAAAGCAUGACAUGACAACUUCCUCAAUAGUUUAUUGUAUUGUAUCAAGUUCACAGAUGCUAUGUUUAAGAGAGGAAGGUAACCCAACUCCAGUGGCUCACUGGGCACUAUACCUAGUUAGUAAAUGUUUGCUGCAGUAUUAUCAAUGUGACCCUUAUGGAGUUACCUAGCCAGAUGGCUUUGUUAUAGCAGAUGAUGCUGUUGCCACCCAAGCACUGAGUCUGGUUUGAUAACUCUACUCAUAAGACAAGCAUUAAAAUCUAUUUAUAACAUUUUUAUAAACCUAAACUGCAAUCAAUACAUCACUACAAAGCCAAAUUGGACUUACAUGCAGCUAUAUUUGGAAGGCUUAUUCGGAUGUCUUUCUUGUCUCUUUCUCAAUUUACUUUGUCAUUUUCCUGCUCCCCUACUCUGUUCUGCACCCCCUUCUCCUAUUACCUUCCUCCGCUACGCUGUAUUGUCCUUUCAGAUGACUUCUGCAUCUGUCUCCUUUUCCUUUUGUUGGGAUCUCUCUGCCUGUUUCUUUGUAGCAGCCAGUGUCUGUCUGUGUAAAGCGGCUGAUAAUGAAUCACUAAACUCUGUUGGCUGUAAAGGAAAGACUGAUUAACAUAGCUAUUUCAUAAAGAAUAAUGCUAGCCUCAAGGACAACAUUUUAUUUCUUGGAAGCAAUUACUUUCAGAACGAGCAUGGCAUUCUGAUAGCUGUGCGGUUACAAUGCCUUCUAGUGCAUGACUGCUUCAAGACUGCAGAAUUCUCUGCACCAUUCUCUAAUCUCGGGCUGGAAAACUAAAUGCAUUGCAUGUACAUAAUUACUUUAAUGAAUUCAAGUUUGUGCAGCACUUAAUAAUAUGCAUAAGGAGGAGAUAUGCUUUUGGUGUGUUCUUUAGUCCUUGUAUUAAAUUUGAAAACCUUAGCUUUCUCCAGUGAGAUGGGAUAUAUUUUUUUUGUUUUGUGUUAUCUUUAUUUUUGUUAAAAAAAAAAUCUCUUCUGCCACCAGCACAACUAUACCUUAAUUUUGUUUAAACUUCAACGUUCUAAUAGAUGUUGUGUUUUCUCAACCCCUCCCCUACCCCCCCACCCCGUUUGUCUAUAUGUCUCUGACUUCAGCUACUGACUCUUUCAACCACAAAAAAUUCUUCGAGUUAUGCGGCUUGAAGAGCAAAAGCACAGAUGACGUGAAAAAGGUUUUCCAUAUUCUGGACCAGGAUCGGAGUGGAUAUAUAGAGGAGGAUGAACUUAAGUAGGUUUAUCGCACUACUCUAAAAGCAUGUUUACGCGCAAAUGCUCAAUCCUAAAUGCAUCAAAAUGUAACACCCACAUGCAAAGGUAUAAUACUAAUUUAUUUAUGAAAACACAAUUACAUUUCCAGGAUAUUCACGCUCAUUUAUUGUAGACUUAAUUUAUGGAAAUGCUAUAAAUCAACCGCUUUUAGCAUUGCUGCAAAAUGACCAUCAAAAUGUAAUGUGAGGACUAGUUAGACAAACAGGGCGGGGAUGUGAAAGCAACAUGUGUAACCCCCAUGUGAUGUAACGAAAAGUACCUGCAAUAACCCCUUUUUACUUUCUGUACCCUGGCGUGCAGGCGCUGAACGCUUAACCUUGUGAAACACAAAUAAAAUUUAACGUUUCAAAUUGAAAAAAAAUAAUGUAAUGUGAAUAGCAUGCAUAGUUCUGAUGUUUUCUCUCCUGGGCCAUGAAUUACAGCUUUACACUGGCAAAAAAAUGUGAACCCAUCCGAUGUUCCUGCCUAGGAUAGCUUAGAAGCCCACAAAGUUUCAUUCAUCACCCUUGCUGUGUUUGGUAUGCUAUAAUUGUGCAGGACUUGUUUUAGCAUUAUCACACAUUAAUACGUUAGGGUUUAUUGGACUUAAAAUAGGGAAGGUAUGGAGAUAGGGAGUGAGUGCAUAGCGGCUGUGGAGGUAAAAGGUCUUUUGUAAGACUACAACUGCAACAAGUGAAAAUAAACUGUUUUUCUUUUUUCGUUGUAAAGUAUCUCAGAAGGGCUUAUAGAUAAGAAUAUUCUCCCCCAAAAAACAUUUUUUUUAAAUAGAUUUUUAUCUAACAGAAAGGAAAAAAAAAAUCGAUUUCACUUAUAUCAUGUUUAACUAAAUAUUAUGCCAUAUAUUUAUAAAAAGGUAACCCUUAAUAAAUCCCACAGGAUGGUAUUGAAAGGCUUCACCCCAAAUGGCCGAGCUCUGUCCGACAAGGAAACCAAAAUCCUACUAGCAGCCGGCGACAAAGAUGGAGACGGCAAAAUUGGAGUAGAUGGUAGGUGCUCAAUUACCAGUGACUGUAUUCCAAACGCUAUAGUUUUUUUUAAGAUUAGGUCAUUAUUAUAUUUCUGCAUAAAGAUUGCAGGGAGCAUGGGUAAAACCUACCCUUCUUUUCAAGAAUUGGUGGACCAUCUAACAGUCCAAUCUUUGCCUAGUAGUUAAGUGAGGAGCCAUUCUGGUCCACUAUGGUGCAGAUAGAUGGCUAUUUUCUGUAAUAUAAUAUCAUUCUUAUACUUAUAAUAUACUUUUAAAUUAUACAUUGAUUAUAAAAUUAAAAACAAGGCAAUAGUAUCAACUAACCCAUAUGGUCUGGAAAAUUUACCACAGGUUUACCUCGCUUCUUCACUCAGAUAGAAGCAUAAUGUUUAAUUUUGAUGAUCGCUUAGUCUCAUUGUAUUUUACUUGUAACCAGGUAAAUAAACUAUAUUACUAACUUAUAUCCCAAGGGUUUGUAGACCACUAUCUAAUACCAAUACAAGUAAGUUUAUAAGGUUCUAUCUGCAAUUAAUAAACUAUGAUAACGGGAAGUAGCAAUGUGGCUACUUUCUCACUGUUGCUCUAGUGUCUUCCUGAGUUUAGGGUUGCUAAGUAACAAGAAAGGAGGCAAAGAAUGUGGUUACAAGUGAAAUAUACAGGAAUUGAAAUAAAUUGAUGAUCCAACAAAUGCAUAAAAUAUAACACAAUAUUAAGUUGGGGUUUUUCUAAAGGGUACCAUUGUUUUGUAAGAAUAGAGUUUGUGCAAAAUAAACGUGGAAGUACAAAUUGCACUUUGACUUGAUUAAACUGUAUUUCAUUAUUUUAAUUUAGUUUUAAAGCCAUUAUAUCCACUGCACUUUAAAAAAAAACUAGUACUUACCACAGAUAUCCCAAAAAGUUUUGCCAGACAUCAGAGUAGCAAAGCAUUAAGGGAGGUGUAGUCUACAACAUGACGAGAUCUAUGUUUUGAUCACAUCACACUUUCAGCAAUGAUUACAUUUCAGCAAGCUCGAGGAAGAUGUCAGGGCCACUGACACACCAAAACCUUGGAAAAACAAGAUGUUAUUGAGAUUAGAGAGGAGUAGUGAAUUCAUGCAGAGAGUAAUAAGUUUAGAGGUAUUAAAGAAAUUGGAACUAAUUCAACAGGCGAUUAUUUCCCAAUACCAAUAGGGAACUGUAUGACUACAGGUAAAAGGUAUGAAUUAACCAAACCAGGAAGGGUGAAAGAGAGUUAGAAACUUUGGUGAUUGGGGUGGUAAUCUGUAACUCCACCUGUUGUUCUUAAAAGGCAUUGAUUGAUCAUCACAAAAACUGAAUUUGCUAACCCUGCAUUGGCCAGAGUAAGAAAUGUAGGAUGGACUCUAUGAUCAUAUGGCUUUUACUUUUAGUUUUCUGAUACAUGUUAUUUCACAGGACACUUGUGAUUGCAAUGUCCUAAGCCCACACUAAUACAACAAGCAGUAAAACAGAAAGGUACUUUAGGGAGAGGUGAGAGAAGUACUCUUGCUCCGGGUUGGAUGCUCCAUGAGAUAUUAAAAAAAAAAAAAAAAAAAAUAUAGUGUAAUAUGUUGAGUUGAUAAUUACAGGAUGAAUAAAUAAGUAGAUGUUCACUCACAUGAUGUGGAGCCCCAAAAUGGCUCUUUUCAACAGCGUGGAGUGAUACAAAUCCCACUCUGGGAUAUUUGGGUAAGUAACGUCCUCACUGUUGAUAUAUAGACUAUAUAAAAAGAACACAAACAAAUAGUGCACACUGUGACAAAAACAGGUUCUAGUACCAUAGGUUCCAGUAAAACAGAAAGAUGAGAUCUUGUUUUAAUUUUUUUUUCCAUUUAUGUAAAUUGCCUCUCUAAUCUGAUCUCUCGUCUUUACAGAGUUCGCAGCCCUGGUGGCUGAAUGCUAAUCCUAUCAAGCUUUACGUCCCACCUGUGCAUAGCGCCUCCCUCCUCGGACAAAAAUCUAUUUAUUGCUCCCAUUUUAUACUACGCCUCUGGUCCCUGCCUCCUGGAUCUCCGUGCUGGAAAUAAACAUAACACAAUGCAAUAAAGGGCAAAAAGAACUGGGAACCAAACAACCGUUGUACUUU